GGAAGCGAGCACAAGAGGCCACCGCAGCGGCGAGGUGGGUGAGACACCUCCACACGUCUCUCCCCCUUCCCUUUCCUCCCUGCUCACAGCCUCACAGGUUGUGACCCAGCAGCGGCCACAACCUUGUGGAAUCCUCCCCUGAUGCGGCGCGAGCGCGGCGGGUAGCAGGCGGCGUGAGCGGAAUGGUGGGCGAGACCGAGAAGCGGCGGAGGGUGAUUGGGGGCGAGGAGGACCGCAUCUCGGAGCUGCCGGACGCGCUGCUGCUGCAGAUUCUGAGCCUGCUGCCGCUCAAGUCGGCCAUCCGCACCGGGGCGCUCUCCUCGCGGUGGCGGGGCCUCUGGGGGCAGCGCUGGCCCGUGCCCUCCUCGCUCUGCCUGCGCCUCCCGCCCGGCGCUUCGGCGGCGGCGCGGGGCGAACAGCUCGCGGCCACGGACCGGCGCGGGAGGCGGCGGAUGGACUGCUUCACGCUCACCUUACACGCGGGGCCGCUCGCGCAGCCGGACCUCAUGCGCUGCCUCGAUUACGCGGCGGCGUGCGAGGUCGAGGACCUGCACCUCCGGCUCGACGGCAGCGUCGGGAGGGGCUCGCGCGGGGGGACGCGCCGCCCGGGCAUGCUCACCGUGCACUUCCCGGUGGGGAGCCCGCUGCUUGCUCGGCUGUCGGUGCGGGGGCUCAACCUCACGGCGGCGGCCAACGCGAUGGUGGCGACGCUCGAGGUGAUCCAUCUCCACUCUGUGCCCCUGACAGACGCCGCGCUGCGACGUGUGGUCGCCGCCUGCCCUCGCCUCCGGGAGCUCGAAAUCCGUUACUGCCGCCGCCUCCGCCGUAUCGACUUCACCAACGUGGGGGCGGCCAACCUCAAGAGUUUCACCAUCGUGGACUGCUCCCGCGCCACCGAGCUGCGGGUCCCAGUCGCGCCUCGCCUCCGGUCGUUCCGAUUCAGCGGCACCUUCUUCUCCAGCAACAUCCUCUCUGGCGGCGCUAUGGAGUCUCUUGAGCAUCUCUACCUCUGCUCGGGCGGGCCAGAAACCGGCUUGCCGCCCACCAACUUGCCAUCUGCGGUUCCCCGCCUCUCGAACCUCACCGUCCUGACCCUCUGCAGCAUUGCCCUCCAGUAUGUGUCCGCUUUUGCAGCCAAAAACGUCAUGGAGAGCAAGCUGUGCAGCUUGAGAGAGCUCCAUUUCCUCAUGUUCGGCAUGGCCAACUCCAAUCUUGCAGACAUCUAUAGCUUCCUCAAGACUUGUUGUUGUCCUCAGCUGGAGAGGCUUUUUGUGCAGCUCCCGGCAUACACCCACGAUUCAUUCACGGAGAAUUUCUUGGAGGUAGCAGAGGAAGAGCCGCCAAAAGGUGGAUUAGAAAACCUUUGGUUAGUCAAGAUGACAAAUUUCAAGGGGCACCGAAAUGAGAUGCAACUAGUGGAGUUUCUGCUUAGGAAGGCUAGUUGUCUGAAGAAACUAUUUCUGAUUGCUCCUAAGGAGGAUCACCAUCAAGGGCUCCGAAAGGUUCAGUCUGAUGUGCUCAUGCUGUCCAAUUUUCUAAAAACAAAAAUAUUGCUUCUGGAAAGAGCUUCAGCAAAUACCCAGAUAAUUUUCAGUGAGCCUGACGGUCAUCAGAUCCAAGCAUUGCAUUCGGAGGUCUUUGUCAGGUUUUAGCUUGAAAUGAGCAAAAUAUUGUUGUAGUCCAAUUGCUGCUACUAAAUUUUAGAUUUCUAGCUGUUAGGUAACAGACAUGGAAGAACAUCUGCAAGAAAUACAGAGUUUGAUAUAUGAUAUUUCAUAUUUGCAAUUCAUGGUACUCAAAUAUUCUUGCAUAGUGAUUGAAAUGCGAGGUAUUCUAAUCUGCUAGUUUUCUUUUUUCUUCCUACCACCCGCAGCCCCUUCUGUCUCUGCCUAUGUUCAAAUUUCAAAAUAUGCUCAAAGGAAUUGGUUGCUUAUCAGACAUAUAUUUGGAGUAAGCUUAUGAUAAAUUUUUAGUGUACAAUGUAUCUGGCACAGCCAUCCAAUGGAACAGAACCAUCUUCAUUUUAUCUGGCACACUACUAUUUGUAAGGUACUAUAUGGAAAAGUGACUUCUAAUCCAGGUAAGUGGAUUUGUUUUGUCGUACCUUUGAACUGGUAAGUUAAGCUGCGUAGUUCCAGAUACCUUACUGUUGUUUGCUGGAGCUGUGCGUGGCCCUUGGUUAAUCUGAAAAUAACUUUAUAUAUUAUGUUGUCCAAGUUUCAUUUAGAUAAAUAUAGUUUCUACACAAGUAAUCUGAUGAAACAAAGUUUCAUAUAACUUGUCGCCUGAUUUUAAUGAUGCCUGUAAAAAGUCUGCAGCAGGGAAGCAAUAAACCUUGGAAAAUUUGUCUUGUUGUCGAUAGGAUUGCAUUAACUUCAGUGUUUAUGGACCCUACAUCUGCCUUCUCCAUUGGUUAUAUGGACGAAAAUAUGGUUUAAGCUUAUAUAGGACUGGCAGCAUGGAACAUGUGUUAUAACAUUAGAUAUAUACGACCAUAUGAACUUCUAUAUACUAAAGCUCUCUUGUAGAUUGUAUCCAUGAUAUCUGUGCAACCCUUAGGAACUGUCAUCUAUGGUCCUUGCAUCCUUGUAUUGCAUUAUGUGUCUUGCAUCCUUCAAGUAGACAUUUCUUCUCUAUACAGCUAUCCAAUAUCUUGUAUUCUUGUUUAUAUAAGCACGACGCAGCAGUUCCCAUGUAGUGUUAUAAGAAAAGAAUGCAAUCUUUGGAAUCAUGUUUUGUGUAUAUAUUUUGUCUCGGUUGAUGCUCAUAAAGAGUGAACAUGUUUCAGUAUAGCAGCUUGACAUGAAUGAGUAGCCUUUGAAGAUGGUGCUGCAAUGUUGUUGGUUGUUUUAUCUUCAUUUCGAAAGUACAAGCUUGUUUGCCGAUGUCAAUUAUGUGGUACUUGUGCUCUUCUUAGGGUUUAAGACCUUCGAGUUUUGUACUGAAGUUCAUGAAUUAAUACUUUGUGGAGAUUGUGUCCUUACCAGAUGUGUCCAUAAUAAUUGGAUGUUUUUUUAAAUGAUUUUGAGAUGAAUGAAAUGUUUUUUGUUCUACAUGUUUUUUUACUAUUGUUUCCAACCUUAGUAUCUUGUUGUCUGGUCUUCUAAUAUUAUCUCCCACUUUGAUCUGAUAUGUUUACUAUAACAGAUCAAAUUCAUUACUGACUGUGUGGAAGCAGAAUUGCAGAUGGGGCAAGCGAGCUUUACUCAGUACUAGCAAUUAUAAAUUUCAGGCAACUGAAUAUUUGAGACAUAAACUGGGAAAAAAAAAAUCUGCAAUAACUCGAUUAAUAGGGAAGAGCUAUGUAGCUAAAAUGUUGAGAAGAUAUAGCUGGCAGUCUGGUGUUGGUAUAUUAGUUUAUCCUUAAAGAUGGUAUACUGGAGUUAUGGAUGCGAAUGUAUACUUGCUAUUUUUGGUGGUAUCAAAAUCUGGUUGGCUUUGCUCGAUGUUUGGGUCAUUCAAAGUAUUAGUGAUGGAGCUAAAUGAGAUGUAGCGAUGCAUUGUUCUUAGCUAGCUUCGUUUCUGGCUUUGCAGUAAUGGGGCCAUGGUGGGCGUGGCAAUUUCAUGCUGAUAAUUUCCUGAAGGCUGAAGUAGUUUGAUAAUUAAUGCCCCACAAGAAGAAGGUGGUAGUUCCUGGGGGUAGGGUGACCUGGGGGUGGAACAUCUUUGUGGAAAUUCUGAGGUGCUACUUGUAUGAAGUGAAAGCCAUAUCACCUUUAGUGCAUUGCAGUUUGCACUUGUGCCUUGUCCUUCAAGCCAUGCAGAGUUAUAGAGCCACAGCGCAUAGUGAAAUGAUAUGGAUAAUGUUCGUAAAGGUGUCCAUUAUCUUUCAACCUUCUUACGCACUCGUAUGUUUGAACCUGUGGUGUAUAUACACAGCCUGUCUUGAAUUUCGCCAAUCUAUAAAAAGCUUGGGCUUCUCACUGAUGUUCAGGUACACGGAAUCAUGCUUGAUGUGAAGUUGUGGAAAUGGACUUUGCAUUUAUGAAGCUGAGUGUUUCAAGAUUGAUGCAAUAAACAGGAUCUUCUGAUGUAUAGGUGUAACAGAACGAGAUGGGAGUCAAUUGACUCACAAUUUGCAUUUGAAUUGUUAAAGAACUUUUCCGCAAACAUUUGUACAUUUGCAAAAUGUUGUCUGUCAAUCCCUUCCAUUUGCUGACACACUCAAAGAUGAUGAAAUAUCCAUGCAUCUAUAAUGAACUAUUGAGCUUGCUAUUUUAUGGUGUCAGUUAUCUGUUGGUUUGUUUCUGUCCAUGUUGCACUUUAUAUUAAUAUAGAAAUUCUUUGGGUUUUUUGUCGCGAAAAACCUGUUGAGCACUUAAGUAUUAAUAUGCAUGCAAAUAUGUAAUGUGUCAAUGCUGUCUCUGACUCAAUGUAUCUAUCUGUACUGCUCCAGAUGUGGAAGGGAAGUCAACAUACUCUUUUGAACUUGUUUGGAUAUCCCAAUGCAUAAAAAUGCACACUUGAAGUCUAUCUUUGAGCAAUUUAUGUGUUCUAUUAGCCGG